GCUGCCUGUGGCUAGUAGAGCACUAAUUUAGGACUUCCUGUGGCAUGACGACAUGACCCUGUACUUACAGAGCGAGCAAUCUCAAAAUUGUUCUACGAAUCAAUGACAUUAAAAAAAAGAAGUAAUGUAUUUCAGAAUUGAAGUAGUGGGCUGCCUGUUCUUAGCACGAAAGCAAACACGCACGUGCGAUCCGUGCACGCGCGUGAAGUAAAUCUGCGCGCGAGUAACAGAGCGAGCUACGCGUGGCACGUGAUCAUAAAGACGCAACAAUCGAGAAAACGGCAAUGCACAGAAAACAUCCAGCUACAACGUGAAUACAAAAUGGACAUCGAAAUGUCUUCAUUUGUUAGAAUAACAAGCCAGGACUUUGUAAAAUAUCCACAUGGGAUUGCCUACCUUUCGAGCAUCGACGGAAGAGGCAAUUUYAUCGCAUUUUCCAUUUUUAAAAUGCAUGGAACCGGUCGCAAUGGUCGAAAGAGACUGUAUACUUUUGUGGCUUUGUUGUGCAACUGCGGUGGAGAAUUUCGCGACGGCUUCCUGAAAGAAAAUGUAACAGAAAACAAUAUUUUAUCGAUUGUUCAGUGCUACCUACAGACAGCUCACCGUCAAAUUCCUCUAGUGAAAGUUUCUGCGGAUGAUGUGUCAGGUUUUGUGAUCAAAUUCUGUUUUGACAAGUUCUUGAAGAAAAAGAUGCAGUAUCCGAGUAAAGACGUGCAAACAAUCGUUGAGCUGUUUCGACGAGCAAACAAGUACACGAUCUAUAAAACUGCCAGUGAAUAUUUGGUGGACAAAUUUGGAGAAACACGAAAGGCGCCAAGAUAUUAUUACUUGGACCACAGGAGAAGAGAGUUUCAGUCAUGGUGGAUGGAGCGCACGGAAUUCGAGCGUAACAACCUACCCCUCCCCUAUCCACCUUUUUACGAAACUGAUGGCAAAGUUCUAACCUGUGUCUACAUCAAUAAGCUCAAUAAAAAACUSACCACAGAAGAGAAUUACGAGAGAUUUUCCGGUAUGGCGCGCCACAUGGGAUUCUGGUACCUCCACUCUCGUAAACCUCUUUACCUCAAAUUGGCAGCAACCAUGUUUGAAGCUCAUGACAAAAUAAUGGAAAASAAGAGAAAUGGGAAAUCCUUUGACACGGAAAAUCCUGUACUUAUGAUAAUAGUGGCCAGAACGCAGAUUAUUCUAAACCAGCAAGGGUACUGCGAAGGACAGAMCMCGAGGUCGAUUAACUUGGCAACCACAAGAAGCUCCUGCAACAUGUGCGGCGCUGCUGUAGAAAAGGGAAUGGCUGAUAACGAUUUGACAUGCAUCAAYAAGGAAGGAGAGGCAGGACUUGGCAAUGAAAUGACCCGUGAAGUAUUAACAAUCAUGUUUCAUGAUGUCAAGAAAGUGGGCGUUCCCAUGACAGCGGUUAGAUCGGUGAGGCGAGUUUUUGAGCAAGCGUUUUUCACCUUCUUUACUCAUUGUUUCAAGACCCAUGUAUACUGGAAGGAAACCCCCACUCCUCCAAUGAUCGAUAAGCUUGCUGUKCAAAUUAGCUUACACCUACUGCGCAUGAUCAUUAUCAAUCGUAACGCUGACUGGAGGGAAGUCUUAUCAAGUGGUUUACCAUCUUUGAUUAGGUCCAUUUGCGGGCCAGGACUAAGCGACCAGAGUAUAAAUACAGUGUGCACUCAUUUUUCAAAUGCCUGCAACUCGAUUAAAAACAAAAAUUGUCGAAAUAAUCAGACAAACAGGGAUAUAGUGAAACAAUCGCUCAAUUGCAAAAUCCAUGCUUUGGCGGCAUACGUKAACGGACCGAGCAUUGGGACGCACAUGAAUCUAAGGUGGAAGUAUAUGUCAGAGACAAGAAGGAAAGAACUUCUUGAAUGUGAUCCUGAGCUGAUCAACCAAGCGCUUCUCAGCGUCUACACAAAGACGACGGCCAUCGUUAUCGAGAAGUUGAAUAGUCUUAAAACUGCAAUAGUGAASAAGUCACAGCAGCAAGACGGUGUGAACAGCGACUGCAAGGAAAGCGUAAAGAAGCAAAUCUGUGGUGAUUCGGAAUGCCCUUGUCAUCUUUUUUCAAGGUUUAAAGAUUACUUCUUCAUGGUUCUCCCUGCAUUAACCGAAGACGACGAUUCGCUUCUAAAGUGGGUAAGCUCACAGUCAGAUGGAGACGACACAGAAAUUGAAGAARACUUAAAAGAAAAAGAGAAAAAGAAACCAAACCACGAGGACGAGAAUGAUGACAUCGGAGGAAAAGUCAUGCUUAACCAUGCGUUAUUCCUCCAAGACAACAAUUUGCUAAGUGAGACGAUAAGUGGAGAUGAAAACGCACUCGCUGACAACAUCGACGACUUCUACUGCGAUUCUCUAMCCGAUGACUGCCCGCUUCUUAACGUGAUAACCAACGCUGUUUAUCUCAAGCUUUUCACGGCCACAGCCACGAAGAUAAUGCAACAGUUUAAUGAUGUYCCWCUCAUGGAGGAAUAUUGCCCGUCAAGUGAGGAAUACUAUCGGCCAACCUGYGCUGGAUGYGAAUGGGAAGAAGAUKCAAACGAUCGGUUUUUGAUGUGUGGAGGAUGCAAAUCUGUGUAUUACUGCAGUAAGGAUUGUCAGAAGCGUCACUGGAAAAAAGGACAUAAGAAAAUAUGUAAAAGUAUCGUUAAUAAAUCUAACUGGUACUAAGAUAAUUAGAUUGCAGAUAAGUAAAGCAAACUAAGACACUUUUUACGCGAAUAUCUGAAAGCUUGUUGCAACUUAUACCGUGAUUAAUUGAACAAAUUUUUAUUAAAUCAAU